AAUUCUUUAAAAGACUAAAUUAUUAAUUGUUUAAUUUCUAAAAUAUUUGAUGGAUUACGUACUGCAUUCGAUAAUUUAGUUUCAUUUAAAGAAAUUUAAAAAGGUGUUGUUUCAUUUCAUAUAAAAUCAACGGAAGAUAUGGACAAAUACUCAAGUCGUCGCGGCAAUUAUCCCCAACAACCGCCAAGCGGGCCACCUCCUUAUGAGCAAGUCUACGGUAUAUCAGCUGACAGAAACGUUGCGGUGGAAAUGGUACCCCGACCACAACCAAGUGCACCAAACGCACCGCAACAACCAAUGGUAAUACCAAUGCAAACAACUGUUUUUGCAGAUGCACACGGACAGAUACUUGGCUAUGAUACAAUUAAUAACCUAACCUCUACGUACACAGUGCCGCAAGGAACGCAAACAACACAACAACAACAACCUGUUAUUAUAAUACAACAUCACGCUGUUUUACGGCUUGGACCAGAUCCAGUUUUAUUGACGUGCCCUUCAUGUCAAGUGAAAAAACUUACAAUAAUCGAGAGUAUGCCAAAUUCAAGGACUCACCUAACAGCGUUGGCUUUAUGUUUAUUAGGGUUUUGGUGUUGUGUUUGUGUGCCGUACUGCAUAGGAUUUUGUAUGAAUACAAAUCAUUACUGUGGAAAUUGUAGAAAAUUUUUAGGCACUUACAGCCCAUAA